AUGGACGGCUCCGCCGCACCGCCAGCGCCGUCGCUAUCACCACCAGUUCUCCGCCGCAGAAACUCGAUUCCGAUUCCCUCCUCCGCCGCCAUGACUCCGCCAGACGGCACCGUUUUCCCCCCUCCGCCGCCCUCGCCGAUUGACUUGAGGCUCCUCUCCUUCAAGUCCUCCUCCCAAUCCUACACCUCCCUCAAGGACAUCCUCCCCUCCACCGCCGCCGUCAACUCUCCGACCGCCGCCUCCGCCCCUAACUCCGGCUACGAAAUCUCGAUCCGCAACCGCCUCGUUAAGCAGGCCGCCUGGGCUUACCUCCAGCCUAUGUCCGCCUCUUCCUAUUCCGCCGGCCCUAAUUUUUUCCACCGUGUCUGCCUCCGCCUCUCCGCCGGAAAUCCGAUCACCGAUUGUCUCGGAUUCAUCAGAGGGACUGUAAUCCCGGCCAUUGUCCGAGUUAUUCGCCUCUGCAUUUGCUUGUGA